UCAAAGAAGCUCAAAGCAGUCUGCUAUUAUUAGUUGACAUUCAAUUGGUGUCACUAUGCUAUGCCUUCCAUAAUAAACUGUUCACUGUAGUAUUUAUUGCUUAUCUGCUGUUAUGAUUCAGUUAUUAAAUUUAUUAGAAAUGCCUCUGCCCAAAUUAACGUGCAAAUGAGUUCGUAUGCCAAAGUCAAUAGUAUGGGUUUUAUCUAACAGUAAAUAAGUGAGAGAUAAAAAGGAAGAAAUAGGAAAGAGGGGCUUGGGAUGGGAGAGUAAGGUGGAGAAAAACUAAGUAGAAAAUAUCAACUCCAUGGAUCCUGAUGGCAUCUUGUUGAUCUUCUUGGUGGUAAGGGUUUCUUGAAAAACACAGAAUCCAGUGGAUUAAUGUAUGUUUGGGCCAGGUGGGAAUGCCCAGGUUCCUGUUAGGAGGUGUCCUCAGGGAGGAGAGGGCUUUAGUGGUCACAGCCUCUUUAUACAGUUUUGCCAUAAUGGACAAAACUCCUUUACAACAAUGUUUAAGCCGUGAACGAUAAUAUUUCAGUCUCUUACAUCUGCUUUUGUCUUAAAACUUGCUUUGAUGUUAAUGCCUUCAAACACAACCUGAAACACCACUGUACUGCAGCCAGUAAGCAAAAGGCAUUUCCUAUCAAUCCAUUUUAAUUCAGAUAUUUUCUGAGAAUUUCCAGUGUGUUACACAGUGAAGAAAUAUUUUUUUAAUGUGUAAUGAAUUCCUUUAUGUAUACAUCAUGUCCUGUAGCAUAUUGAAAUCAAGAUUAAAUUUGCAGAAAGGACCAGUUGUCUAAUUUCUUUAUAAAUUCUCCCAGAAUUUCGUGUGUAUAUUGGUGAGAAAGGUCAGGUCAAAAAUAAUUUCACUAUUCUGACACUGGAUGUUUCCAGUGCUGUCAUUGAAAACAGUUUACACAUAUAAAAAAGGGCAAAAAUACAUAAAGUGUGAGGCAAUAAUUCAUAAUACUUUUUUUAUCCAGAACAUACAAAAUACUCAUAAUUCACUAUUUGCCUUCCCAUUUAUCUCUGUCCCUUGUGUUAGACAUAACUGGGCAUAUCAUUGUAUCCUUUAUGCACUCAGUGUUGCAGGAAAACAGCAUCUAAAACAAAACUGAAAGUAAUGAGAGCUAAGGGCAAAUAGAAUUCAUAAAAAUAUGAUUACCAUUAUAACUAUUGUAAACAUUAAAAAGUCUAUGUUUUCUUUAAACUCAGCACUAGGCAGAACAUCUCUGAUUACAAAGCAGUAAAAACACCCCUAGAAAUUAUUGUAUUCAUGAUCUGUGUGAAAUGAAAUCUAAUGUAAUAUUUUUCAUUUAUUUCUAUAUAAUUAAAGCACCUUUUUAUUUUCAUUAUCUAGUUGAAUCAGAGGGAAUUACUCAUAUCUAUAUGGGAAUAUUAAAAAUAGUCUCUGGCACGUCUUUCACUUCAACCUUACAAAACAGUUCCUCAGCUGAUUUCAAAGUCCUUGCCUUUGAUGUCGAAAAAUUGGUACAAAAUAUCUUUCACGAAAGUGAUCUGAAAUACAAGUUUGAGAGAUGUGAAAUCUCCCAGUUCAAGAGGUCAGAAGAUGAUCAUGACAGAUUGACAUCAGAGACCAGUGUGGUUGUGAUCCUCACCCUUUAUUUUACCCAGACAGCAACAGCUGAGAAAAUAAAAAAUGAGCUGGUUUUGGGUGUCACUGCAAAUAACCCUACCGAGACUUUGAAAAUUGAUGUGAACAGCAUACAAAUCACAGUAGCUGCUGAAAAUCCUACUACAACAACACCUUUAACCUCAUCAGAUCCCACGAGUUUCAUUACAAGUUCCCUGACACCAACUCCAGGUUCAGGACAGCUCACCACAAGCAAGCCCUCAACAACAGUGGAUCCCACGAGUUUCAUUACAAGUUCCCUGACACCAACUUCAGGUUCAGGACAGCUCACCACAAGCAAACCCUCAACACCAGUGGCUGAGUGUUUGCCACCUGCUGAACUCUGUGCUGAUGGUGCAACCUGCAUUAGUGAAGAGUUCUUUUGUGAUGGAGUCUUGAACUGCCCAGAUGGUUCAGAUGAAUCUGAAAAAAGAUGUGCUGCAGUUUGUGAUGGACAAUUCAUGUUGACUGGCUCCUCUGGGUUUUUUCACUCAAUGAAUUAUCCAAACCCAUAUAAUGAAAACAUUGUUUGCAAAUGGAUAAUAGUAGUGCCUCCAGGAUUGUCCAUUAAACUGAACUUCACUUCUUUUGAAACACAACCAUAUGCAGACGAGCUGAGUAUUUUUGAAGGACUAGGACAAAACAAGGUUUUAAGAGCUUCUCUGUCAGGGACCAAUCCUGAAACAAUUUACAUCUUUUCUCAUGAGGCUACAGCACAGUUUAUGUCUGAUUAUGCAGAGAAUUAUAAUGGCUUUAAUGCAACAUACACUGCAUUUAAUGCAAGUGAACUAAACAAUUAUGAGAAAAUCAACUGCACUUUUGAAGAUGGCUUUUGUUUCUGGAUACAAGAUUUGGAUGAUGAUUCAGACUGGGAGAGAGUUCAGGGUCCCACCUUUCCCUUGAUGAGUGGUCCUGAAUUUGAUCAUACAUUUGGCAACUUUUCAGGAUUUUAUAUUUCAACACCCAUUGGACUUGGAUUCAUAGAAGAGCGGGUCCGGAUUCUGAGUUUGCCUUUGGUCCCUUCAGACACCUAUUGUCUAAGCUUCUGGUAUUUCAUGUAUGGGGAUAAUGUUUACCGUUUAAGAGUCAGCAUAAGCAAUGAGGGUGGUAAGGAAAAGAUAAUUUUCAAGAAAGAAGGAAACUAUGGAAGCAACUGGAAUUAUGGACAAGUAACUUUAAAUGAGACUUCUGAUUUUAAGGUUAUUUUUGAUGCCUUUAAAAGGCGUGGUCCCAGUGACAUUGCCGUGGAUGACAUUGGCCUGACAAAGGGAAAGUGUAACCAAGACAAUUAUGUAGAGCCCACUGUGAGGCCAACUACUGCCACCACCCCACUGGUUCCCACUGACUGUGGAGGGCCGGUUGAACUCUGGGAGCCAAACAGUACAUUCAGCUCUGCAAACUUUCCAAACAAUUACCCUAAUUUAGCUUCUUGUGUGUGGUACUUGAAUGCUGAAAAUGGAAAAAACAUCCAGCUUCAUUUUCAGGUCUUUGAUCUGGAAAAUAUUUAUGAUGUGGUUGAAAUCAGAGAUGGCAGAGGACCAGAUUCCUUACUUUUGGCUGUCUACACAGAGAGAGGCCCUCUGCCAGAUGUCUUCUCUGCAACAAACCAGAUGACAGUGAUCCUCCGGACAGACGAGUCUUCAACUGGGAAGGGAUUUCUUGCAAACUUCACCACUGGCUACCAUCUGAGGGCUUGCACAGUUGAUGAGCAUCAGUGCGGUACUGGGAAAUGCAUCCCAUUGCACAACCUGUGUGACAACGUCCCUCAGUGUGAAGAUGGCUCUGACGAAGCAAAAUGCAUGAGAUUGCUCAAUGGCUCUCAGAGCACCGAAGGGCUGGUACAGGCCAGGGUUGGGGAGUCGUGGCACCUGGCAUGUGCAGAGGAUUGGAGUGGAGAGAUUUCAGACAGUGUUUGCCAGCUGCUGGGGUUGGGGCAUGCAAAUAUGUCAUCAGCUGUAUUAUUCACUGGAGAUGGCCCAUUUGUCACCAUCACCAAAGGUAACCACAGCCUAAUUUUCACAAAAAGAGAACACUGUCGGGACAACCUGGUGGUUCAUCUGCAAUGUAACAUUCAAUCUUGUGGAAAAAACCUGAUAACUCAGAAUAAUGGAACAAGAAUUGUAGGUGGAAAUGAUGCAGGAAGAGAGGCUUGGCCCUGGAUAGUUUCACUCCAUUUUAAUUUCCAACCCGUUUGUGGAGCUUCCCUUGUCAGUGACGAGUGGCUGGUGACAGCAGCACACUGUGUCUAUGGGAGACAGCUGAAGCCAUCCCGCUGGCAAGCAGCUCUUGGCUUGUACAGCCAGUCAGACCUGGCAAAGCCUCCAGCAGUGGUUCAAAACAUUGACAGAAUAAUUAUAAAUCCUCAUUACAUGAAGCAAACAAAAGACAGUGAUAUUGCUCUGAUGCACCUUCAACACAAAGUGCAGUAUACAGAUUACAUCCAACCUGUCUGCCUACCAGAAAAGAAUCAACAGUUUCCACCAGGAAUUAACUGCUCCAUUGCUGGCUGGGGGGCUAUUCGCAAUGAUGGUCCCUCUUCCAACAUACUGCAAGAAGCAGAGGUCCCUCUCCUUUCUAAUGAAAAAUGCCAGCAAUGGAUGCCAAAAUAUAAUAUUACUGAGAAUAUGCUCUGUGCAGGAUACGACAUGGGAGGAAUAGAUUCCUGCCAGGGGGAUUCAGGUGGCCCUCUGACAUUUGAAGAUGGGGACAAGUGGUUUUUGGUUGGUGUGACAUCAUUUGGAGAAGGGUGUGCCCUUCCCCAGAGACCAGGAGUGUACGCUCGAGUCACCAUGUUUGUGGACUGGAUCAAAACCAUCAUCUAUUAGCUUGAUAUUUUUUAAUUAUAGCAAUGGAGUUCAGAUGUUGAAAGCAAGACAUUGCAUAAUGAUGUAAACUAGGCUGCCAUUUCAAUCUCACAGAGAAACUAAAUAAACACGUAAAUCUUGGUGAGGAAAACAUUGGUAACUUCUGUUUGUUAAUAAGAACCAUUUCCAAGGGAGCACAAUAUUUCAAAAGAGAUGCUGUGGUUUUGUUAAUAAAUAGUUUUGUCAUUUUAAUUCUUAUUUUAUAUAGGAUUUUAGGAAAACAAAUUCUUUGAACAUCAGCGCACUAACUGCACAGUGGAGGGCCUUACAAAGCACGUGCAGUAAAAAAAUGUUUGCAAACUGUAAAUUCUGCAGUGGAAAAGAAUCCAAAUUGUCAAUAUCAAGUGAAAUAUUAUCUAGUUUAUGUUUUUACAUUGUGUUUUUCAAUGUGCAAUUUCACAUUAAUGCAGAGUCAACUCUUCCCAGCAAUCUCUCUGCACAUCAAAAUGAAGGUGCAUGUCCUCUCUUCAAACUGGCUCAUUGGGAGUUCCUCUGCCUUGCCUCUUACAAAAGGCUCUGGAGUGAGGUUUAUGGAUUGUGCAGAAAGGCUGACCAUGGAUCAUGCUGCUUUCUAAUGAACAAACUGAAUGUCAGCCAAAUGUUCUCUCUUGUGUAAUGUGCUUGGAAUUAAUAGAGUUAAAAAAGGAUUGAAUAAAGCUUUUUAGUUUUCUUUCUAGGCAAGUGUUUGGCAAUUAUUCAAACAAUUAUAGAGAUGUGCUUUUCCACACCCAAGCACAGACUCACAGUACCACAACUUCUUCUCAUAAAAAGUGAUGUUUCUAAAAACAUUUGACAAUAAUGAGUACCAGUUCUCCCUCAAGAAUAAUAGUGUUUCCAUAUUACAAGCUUUUUCUGUACUGGCGAUUUUUAAUAUAUAUUUUGGGUUUUGUAAAAAAACCAGCAGGGUAUCCCAUUACAGCAUUCUAAAGAGGAAAGAAUAGGAAAACUAAAAUAAGGGGUUUAUCUUCUUGAGUUCUUUUAUAAAUAGGUUUCUAUUAAAAAAUAAUUGCUUACUUGUUCAAAUGCCUUAAAUUCUAUGGCAUUAGUGUAAUAUGAUGCACUUCUUUAUUUCUGUUUUCACACCAGUGUAGGACCUUUAUGUAUUUAUCAUUCCAUACCCAAAUGACAAAUGCAUUCUCACUUACUGGAUUUGGUUCUUACAACCCUAAAUGAAGGUAUGGAGUGCUUGCAAACAGAGGUUGGCAGUCACUGAUUAAAAAAAUAAGUCCCAAACUGCUUUCAGGACUUUGUAAUUAGAGAAUUAGGUCCAGACCAAAAUCUGUAGUUUUAUCAAAGACAUCUGUGAUCACAAAUAACACAGAUAAAUAUAAUUAUGACAGAGAGAGGGUAAGAAGGUGUUUUAGACACAGUCUCUCAUAUGAAAGACACAGUUUUUCAACAUUAAAAUAUUAGAGUUGCAAAUUUUAUCUUUCUUAGUGAACUAUUUUUUCUCCUAUUACUCUAAAAAGUAGAGCAUUUUGCUACCAGUAUAAAUUGAUUUGGAUUAAGCAAUUACAUUAAAAUGCUUAAGGACAAUAUGACCUGAUUUUUGCAUUAUUUACCAUAGAUCACUAUUGUACAUUGUGUUUCAGUCUAUUAAUGAAAUACAAAAACCAAAUGAAAGCAGAUCCAGCCACUAGAAAAUAUGCUUCCCAGGAAUACAGUAAGAUACUUUUAUCUGGGUGCAUUUUCUUGCUUUCCAAAAUGCAACGCAUAUUUUGAGAUAUACAUUGAUAAAACAACUCAUCAGACUGAAAAAGUUGUGUACUUAUGCAGGAUAUA